ACUGCGGGGAAUUUCAUUUGUCUUGCGCAAAUAUCUCGUUCUCCAGGCUGCGAAGAUUCAAAAGUGAUGAGGAUUUCCCGGCACGAGCGAGAAGCAUCAAAGAAUGUCUGUCUCAGAUACCAGGCGUCGCACGCAAGUUUUUAACCCAACAUGACCGAAUUGCUCACCUUGUGCGACGCUGUGCUACUAAACAUUUUGCAAUACCUUGAAUUAAGGGACAUUUUGCGUUUGUCUUUGACUUGCAAACGAUUGAAUAGAGUGUGUUAUGAUGAAUCCUUAUGGAGGGAUGUAAGCUUUGAAAAAUGCAACAACCUCUCUUUGCAGCAGUUCAAAUGUUGCAUAGGUAGAAGUUGGAAACACAUCAGCAGCUUAAAUAUGAACUACAUGCACUGGAUACCAGGAAGGUACAUACAGUGGGCAGCUGUGAAGUGCAAAAACCUUCGCAGAUUGUCAGUGUUGGGGUGUGGUAUUAAGAUCGAGCAGUGGGCAAAGAUUCUUAUUUCUGGCAAAGACCUUUUGGAUAUAUCAAUACCAAUUUAUCAAUUGGACGAUCUCCUUAUUGACAGACUUGUGGAAUCAAGUGUAGAUAACACAACAGACAAAUCUCUGGAGUCAGGUUUUAGAGAGGUGAAAGUAGCUUUACAAAAACUGCAGUGCCUAAGAAUUGACAUCGCCAAUGAAUUGUGCCAGAGUUUAGCAGUAGAUAGAAGACUUGAGUGCACAUGGAUAACUCAUUGUCAAAAUUUAGAGAUACUGACAUUGUCAGUGGCUGGAUAUUAUACACUCGGGAGAUUGCUACCUGAUGUGGUACUACCAAAAUUGCAGCAGUUCUACUUCUGCAAUGACUAUGACAGUCUGCCAUCAUGUUACUUGCAACCGUUUUGUAAUGUUGUCUGUUGGCCACAAAAGGCCUCUUUAAAUGCUUUACACAAUGAAGUGUCACAUAUGACAUAUGGCUGGUUUUUAAAAAACAUUGACUUGCUUAAAAUGGAGAAGAUGCUAACUUAUAACCUCUUUCAGGUCUCUGGCUUGACACCCCAUUUUAGCAAAUGUGCUCAGAGUUCUUUAAAACAUGUUGGCUUUAUUUCCUGUAUGGAAAGUGCCGAGACUUUGAUGGCAGUUUGCCAUGAUAUUGGUGAGAAGUGCCCCAUGCUCAGAAGUUUCAGCUUGUGUCAUUCAUGUUUAAAAUGGAAUGGAGAUAAUACACCCAGAAAAUUUAUGAAAUGCCUCAGUUUAGACAAGCUUCCAUACCUCACUACCUUGAGUCUAUCUGGUGUGCAUUUUGACAAUGAACCAAGUGUGUGUGAUAUGCUAGCCAAUCUGAAAGCAAUGAGGAGGUUGUCAUUGACAGCUUGUGCAAUUCAGGAUCCAUGUGAAGAACCUGUGACUCGAACCAGUUAUGCUGCUCCAAAUGGCUUUGGAAAAAGACGAAGACUUGGUGUCCAAACAACCGAGAGAAAAAACAGCCAUUCUCAACUUGGUGCAACCCCAAACAAUACAGAGGUCAAGUUUAAGGAGAUGGUACUUUCAUGUCCCAGGAUGGAAGUAUUUGAUCUUGUGGGAGCACCUUUUAUCCCUGUUUUUAAUCAAUAUUUUGAUGUGUUGAUUAAAGAUGGAGUUUAUUGUGGUCAGCCCAUAGGGAAUGAUGUCCCUUAUUUGGAAAACAUCAGUGGGUGGUACUACCUUAGACAGCUCACUCUAGCUAACCUGCCAGGUUUGAGAAUAGGACACUAUUUACAUAGGAUCCUGUCUUCGUGCCCCUGGAUAGAGUUCCUGUCUUUGGCAAGCCUGGGGCCUUCUCAUGCCUGCACAUAUGACAAGCAGCUGGCAGAGGGGUUGAAACACUGCAAAAACCUGGUUGAUUUCAGAUUGGAAGAAAGAUACUGCAAGUUGGGCCAGUACAUCAUUCCUGCACUACAGCACUGCUGUAAGCUGCAGAGAUUGUGUGCCAUUACAAAUAAGACUGGAGUGGAGAAGCACCUUCUUCUCAAUGCUGUGAAGAAGCUUCCUAAUUUGUCUGUGAUCCAACUGUUUGUGGGAAUGACGGAUGCUGCAUGCCAGGAACUGCAGAAGGCCCUCAUUCAGUAUUAUAAAUCCAGCAGUGAUUGUCCAGGGUUUAGCAUAGUUGUCAUACAGCUGAAGUCACGGGUUGGUCUCUACGAUUAUUUGGACUUUGUCAGGAAGAUGCCUCGCAACCAUUACAAGGAAAUCACGAGAUUUCAGCCAAGAGUUGACCAGUUUAUGUCAGAAACUAGAGUAUAACUACUUAAGAGUUCAGGAUUUGGUUCCUUCAUUUUGUUCCAAUUUUAAUGGUAUAUUUAAACGUCUUUUCAGUCAGUUUACCUAGUUAAAGAGAAGAAUUAAUUGGUAUUCCACAUAUUACUUUAAAUUUGUAAUUGGCUCUACUCUAGAUGAUAAAUAUCCCUGGUUUAAAUAAAAUAUGAAGCCACAUAUAUUGGUGUAUCCGUUUAAGAUUUAAUAAAGCAAUUACCAAGAUGCAUUUUAGUAAAUUAAGUAUUACCGAUGCAGCAUUUUGAAAAAAAUAUUGAGAGAAUAACGAUCGUUAAAACCGUUCUUGAGUUCCAAGUUUCACUUUUUAAGUCAAUCUCUAUAUGGAGAUAAAAGCGAUUUUUAAUUCCAAUUUUAAAAUGGCUAAAAUUUCCAAGAAAAGUUUUCACUGUAUAACAUUCUUGGGCCUUAAAAUACUUCGUUGCAUUGAUCUCUGUUAUGUGGUAUUAUUGUACGGAGGUGUGGAAUAAGAUCUGAUUGUCAUGAAAUUGUUCAUUACUCUUGCUUUACUGAAGUAAAUAUGACCCGUUUUGAUUGAUUUUUUCUUAUAGCGCAAUACUUAUCAAACUUAAAGUGGAGUGAAU